CGUUAAGUAAGUUUUGGUUUUGAAUGGUGUUUGUGCAGUUUUGAAUGGGAGCCGCUUAUAAUAUUUAGAGAUGAACACUUCGGAAGCGCUAGACUUAUCGAAAGAAAACAUCCAGCCUUUGAAACAAGGUAGGAAUGCUGUGAAGCUGGGAACUGCUUUACAAGCACAGACCAAUGCUGAGCUCCAUCAACAAUUGAUGGCGGAAAGAGAGCGGUUUGAACUUCUGAUCAGGAUGUAUGAAGGGGAUGAUCCUCUAGAGCCACAUUAUGAGUAUGUCCGCUGGAUUGAGCAAAGCUUCCCUAAACACGGGCCGGAAAGUAACCUUGUGCAAAUUUUAGAAAACACCCUCGCUGCUUUCAAGGACGACAUUCGUUACAAACAGGAUUUAAGAUAUGCAGAACUCCUCAUAAAAUAUAUUGAUACCCAAUCACAUCCUCUAGAAAUCUACCAAAUAGUUUAUGAUCAAGGGCUGUGCACUAUGUGCGCUCCUUUCUACAAAGCAUGGGCUGAAGAAUAUGAUAAAAUAAAUGACAUCAAGUCAGCUGAUAGAAUAUAUGAGUUGGGAAUCAGAGUCAAAGCACAGCCAGUGGAACUUCUUCCUGAAGCCCAAAUGCGUUUUCAACUAUCACUUGGUCGGAGGAUGCUUGGCUACCAAGAAGAGGCUGCCAAUGAGGAGGCUGAACGUAACCGCCAGGCUCUCCACAAACUACAGAAGAAGAACGUGUAUGGAGACAGAGAACCUGUGGGUGCUCCGGGCCGAAUCAAACAACAGGUUCUGGGCUCACACAAUACCAAGGGAAACUCCAACGCCCCUUUCAAAAUCUACCAGGAAGAUGACAAUGAAUUUGGAAGCCAUGGGGAUGGGCAAGGUAAGAUGUUUCCCAAGCAAGGAUUGGUGAAUAAGGAAAAUACUUUGAAGGCCGGCCCGUGGAGUCAGCAGGGUGGCAAACAUCGCAACCAAGGGCCGCCAGUUCCAGCUAGCCACCAUGGGCCCAUGUUUCAAGUCCAUGAAGAUGAGGAUGCUGAUAUGAACAAUGGUCAUCCUAAGACCCCGCAAGUCCCAAGGGCCUUGAAACCUCGCAAGAUUGAUAACUUUACCUGCCCGUUAGCUGUGUUUGAACCGCCCGACCCAACAAAACAACCCAUGUACUGUAAACACAAGGUUUAUGCUGGAGGCACUGAGUUUCAAUUUGAAGAGUUGCGAGCUGCACUUUACAACCGACGACAUGAAAAACUUUUAGCUGCAAGACAGCAGCAAGAGGAAGAAGAAUUGAGGCGAAAAGCUGAGACUGAUGCCACUUAUGUCAAAACUGCUCCGGAUGUGAUUGGUGUACAGGACAGCAACAGAGGCAGUGAAGAGAAAAUUAUAAAGAUGGAAAAUGAUCCAAGUCCUCAUCCAGCUCAAGAAGUAGACCAGGAUUCAUUGUUCGGAAACCAUUUAAUGGGCCCAAAUGAGGAAAAAGUAGAAUCUCACAAAAGCCAUAAUGUUGAAGACAAACUGGUCGAAGAACAGAAAAGUGAAACGCAUUUUGAAGAACCUCACAUCGAACCAAUGGGAUUUGAGCAUAAAAACUUACACCUUGAGGGAAACACUUCUGUUUUCCACUGUCAGUCGUUUACAGUAAACACCAAAGAAGCAAUGAACGUAGUACAGGAAAUGUGGCAAAGCCCGACUCCUUCUCCAGCGUUCGCAAAUAACAUGAGAGCAAGCAGGGUGUUUCCAGUUUCUCCGGCAAAUGUGGAUGAAUCAGGAGUGUUCAAAGUUCCAAUAGCGCCUGCACCUCAUAUACCCGUUGCUCCGGCCAAGAAGAGUAUUCCUUUCCCUGUGUUCAGCGACGAAGAACCUUCCCCGCCCCUACUCCGGUCAAAACCUUCCAGAUCUACUCGGAUGAAGCUGAAAACGAGCAACCUGGUGAUGCGAAGACUGAAGAGCCCAAAGUCAAUCCCAGUGUGCCCCUGCCCUUCCCGAUACAACAGUCACCUGCUGUCUCAAGAGCAACUGAUGUAGCUACCAUGAAAAUGUUGGCCUUCCAGUCUGAUUCUGACGAAGAAUGUGACAUUUUGCCAAAACCUUGCUUUGGGAAAGAGGAAAAAGAGAGGCAGACUCCGUAUGAUGUACCAGCAGUCACUGUUACCCAAGCUACUCCAGUCGAGAGCAAAAAGGCUCUCGGUUUCCCUGUGCAUGCGCCUGUGUAUGAUGAGGAUAAGUUUGAAGACAUGACUUGCAACACCAAGGCAUUUGAUUUCGCUCUACCUUCGUCCACCCCUCUUGUUGGUCACUUCCAGUCGAAAGCUGAUCAACAAGCGAAAAAUAAUAACUUUAAUGUCAAUGGGU